ACUCGCCGCGCGCUACGGCGACUACGUUCCGGUUUCCCCGACCGAGCGCCCGGGUCUCAGUCAUCCCCGGAUCCCCCGGGUCCUAAAUCGGAACGGAGACUGAAACUCCGUAGUAGACUCUGCAAGCUACUCACUGAUCGCCGUGUAGUGUUUAAGAUUGCGCCAGUCAUGUGAAGCUGUUCUAUAAGGGUGCAGCUCCUUGAGGUGUCUGUCAAGAUGAAUCUGUGAAAUGACCGUAAGAUCCUUAUCGAUUACAUUCACCUGUCUCAUUGUUUUCGUGGCGAUAAACACUGGAACCACGGCCUCUAACCUCGGCGUUGAGCAUAAGGUGACAGAAGAAGAUGCCAAAGCAGCCGCAAGGACCUUGACACCUGAACUGAUGGUCGGGAUGGGUUGCAAAAACUGCUCUAGCAGCGAUCUCGCUUACUGCGCCUCGCCGGACGCCAUCAGUGAUCACUGUUGUUGUGAUCGGAAAUUCCAUGAGGUGUUUCCGUACGUUCCGCAUACAUGUUAUGUACGGCCUCAUUCAAGGCCGCUGUGCCGAACAGUUGUGGCCCACUGCGGUGAUUUUGCUCGUCUCGUUUUGUGUUGCUGCCACAGGAUCUUGGCCGAUAAAUGGAAAAAUAUCGCGAACGCAUCAGAGAUGCGAUUUCCAGGGCUCAUUACAUUUGGCUGCGUGAUCAUUUCUCUUCUUGUGCCACUACUUUGAGAGACUCGCAGAAAUAUAAAUCCAGAUAGAAAUUCAGGACAGAAAUAAGCAUUUCAAUAUUAAAAGCCUUGAAAAUUGAACGUGUAACGACAAACAAUGAGCUCAUGGACUCAACGUAUGAACGCUCACUGUAUUUCAAAUAAUCACAAUUCAUUGUCCUACGUGCAAAAAACGAAGGCAUAAUUUAUGUGAUUUACUUCCAAACAAUCGUCGCGUGUUGCACAUGCACGAUUGCACGCUUGCACUUGUUACAUUUUUUGUUACUUAGAUUCGUAAGAGUGUAAUAUAAUUCAUUUCCGUAGAGUUUACAAAGCACUGUGAUAUUUAAGUAAGCAAUAAAUGGAUUUCAUUAUUUGA